UCUGAAUAACAAUGAAGCAAAAGCUUAGCUUAAGCUGCCUAUCCCAAAUCUCAGCAACGGUCGGUCGGGCUUUUCGAUCAUAAUAACAAAACAGGCAUCAAAAACCGCCUUGUUAUACCGUAAGAUUGCGUCUUACAGCAUUUCAUCAGAAAUGUCAAGCUCGGGUUUUCAGGCUCGUCGGAUAUGCCUGGUCACGGCCUACUUAAAGGUCUCGAUACCGCGGUCUGUAUGAGGUUUUUUGAUAAACAAGUGAUCAAUCAAACAAUAAACCCCCAGAAUGUUUGCUACUACAAUGCGGUUGAUUCCCAUCCUUUUGGCAGGCUUCCUGAUGGGCGCCCAAGCCCAGGUUGCUCUUCCCACUACCUUGCCUGCGUUUACAAGCAUCUGGUUUCCCGGAGAUAUUCCCGGCGGCCCUUUCCCGUCAAAACUUGAAGCGAACGUGCUCAUUGAUAACCCUGGCACUACUACAUGGUCCUUCACCACCGAAACCGCCGUUGCGGGCGCAACAACCACUAGUGGUGCUCCAGCUCCGUACUGGAACAGUCUUGGCCUCAAGUACGCCAGCGAGGGCAGGGUUCUCACCAUGGACUACACUGGAGGCUAUGCACUUAUGCAUCCAGCGUCUGAAUCGAUGACAUGGACAGGAACCCAGUACUCGACAUUCAUGCAUGUUCAGUGCACCUCGAUAGUCAGCGCAGCCACUGCCAAGUGCGAAGGGUCGUACGGCUCGUUCGAGCUGACCAUAAGCUCUAUCUCUCUCGGGGGCACGACAGCGACCGGCAGCACACUGGGCUUCCAGCUAACAACGCCCGGAGUAACCCAGGAUCUUACAGCCCUGCCGGUUACCGUGACCAAAGUAUCCCUGGCAACUUCCACCCCCACAUCUAUGUCCACGUCUACUUCCACAUCUACAUCUACACUCACGCCUACUCCAACGCCGACUCAGACGCCUAGCCAGACGCCAUUGACUACGUCUUCGUCUGGAGGUGGUGGCUUUCCGAGGGCCACGCAGCCGGCUGGGACUUUUGCUGGUGCUGCAGCACUUGUGGGAGGAGUUUUGAUGCUAUUCUGAACUGGGCGUAUCCUUGAGAUUGCAUCAUGGAGUUUAUGUUUUGCUAUAGUGGCUAGCAAUGUAUGGGUUUGUGUGUUCUUUGAGGCAAGACCGUUAAUAUUUUUUGUAUAUCUUCCUUUUUGAUUCAUGAUCGUUGUUCUUGUCCAUUGAUUGAUUAAGUUGACGCCAUGAUGAAUCAAA